AUGGCAGCCUUUGUUCGGGUCUCUGGCCCUCCGAAUAGCAACUUUCUGGUUGGCUAUCCCGGCAUAUCAGCCACCCUCCCGCGAAUAGAAGGCCGAGUCGAGAUUCGCCCCUCGGCGGGCGUGUCGGCUCCUGUCAACAUAUCCCUCGUCACCGUCUCCCUACAGCGCCGCGAAUCCAUCAAUCCCUCCGCCGACUCCCUCUUACGCUCUCAGCUCUCAUCACCGCGGAAGGAAAUUACCGACAUUGUGGGCAAGGAGAUGCUUCUGUACCGAUGUCACGCGGGCAGAGAGUCGGAGCCGAUAUUAUGCAUGGAUCUGCCUUUUGUCAUCUUCAUCCCGUAUGGAAGAGGAGGAGAGGAGAUUGCAAGGCGAGUGCCGCCGGCGAGUCUACAACUGGACAAGCGAUCGGCGGAGACGUUCUAUGAAAUCGUCGUCACCGUACAACAAGGCCCGCAAGAGCAGAGGAAGUACCCCUUCCCCGUACCGAUAUCGAGAUACGACACCCUGAGCACAUUCGGCAUGUACAAUCGGCCGGAAAGCGCGGAGAGAGUGACGGAUCAUCUCGUCACGCUCGGCAUCAGUCUGCCCAGAUGGAGUUAUGGACCACUCGACCCGGUGUCGGUGUACAUCAAGCUCUCACCGAAUCCCGACUGGUUGGGCAGGGCGAAAAAGGUGACGAUACAAUCCAUUACAGUCGGCAUCGACGAGGAGAUCAUCUAUAACCACGAGGGCGACGAGCCGGUGCGGAAGACCAAGACGUUGGCGAAGCAUCAGCAGAGUGUUGGCGUCAAAAUGCCCGAGGCCGGCUACUUUACAAAUCUGGGCUUGGUCUUCCCUGCACGCGAGCUAAGGGAUAGUGAGGGCGUGUUGCCACGAGGGAAGAAAGAGUUUCCCAUGUACGCCGUGGCGGGGUUCACAACCACGGGCACACUGUACAAGAUUGAGUACUAUCUCACAGUCAAGGCGAAGUUGUCAUCCGCACGAGACAUUCUCCUCCGGCAGCCAAUUGUGGUGUGCCCAUUCGACCACGCAGGCUGCAAAGAGGAAAUGGAGGCGAUUGAGCAAGCGGCCAAAGACGCCGCUCACAUCAGCCCCGACAAUCCCAUGCUUCCGGCGGCAAGUAUCAUUCGUGCUCAUGAUCCGGCUGGCCUGCGGGCUCUCGGCAUCGCGAUCAUCCAGGGACAGCGAAAGGUUCUGAUCGAAUGA